GAGAAUUUUUUGAUGUGAAAGGUGAUAAAUACUUGAGCAUAUCAUGUAAUCAGUAAUAUAAUUCAAAAUUAUAGACGAUCAUCCUGGACUGGAAUAGUUUACUUCUCAUGUCUUAUCAGUGAAAGUUUGUUUCGUCCAGCGUUACGUUGAUUGAUUCAUUUCUAAACACUUGUUAGUGCGGUGUCUGCAACUAUGGGUGCCUCGUACGAAGAGCAAGAAUUGUCGCUGUACGAUGAAACGCUGUUGUCAGAUUUAGAUUUCUCUCGAUUAUCUGCAACCUUCAACCCAACAAUUUCUGCCGCAAAUCCAGGUGAACCAUGGUUAAAAGUAAGACCAUUGCAGACUGGAGACUAUCAUCGAGGUUUCCUACAAAUCCUAUCACAACUAACGACAGUGGGAGAUGUGACGUUAGCACAAUUUUUAAACCGAUUUGCACAAAUGCGAGCCAGCGGAGAUUACUUCGUGACAGUUAUUGUAGAUACUCGAUUGGAUAAGAUAAUCGGUAGUGCAACACUAGUGCUUGAACACAAAUUUAUUCAUGGAUGUUCUGUGCGUGGCCGGCUCGAAGAUGUAGUUGUAGAUGAUACUUAUCGUGGCAAACAGCUUGGAAAACUAAUCGUUGUCACCGUAUCGCUGCUUGCACAGCGUCUCGGUUGUUACAAAAUGUCAUUAGACUGCAAAGACAAACUGAUUCCGUUCUACAAAUCAAUCGGAUACACGCUAGAACCUGGCAAUGCAAAUACAAUGAACAUACGCUACGAGCAACAUAAUCCGAUUUCAAUGUAUCGUUCCUCUUCAAAUGCAUCUUAUGAUCCUGUGGAUCCAUCCUGACAAUUAGCCGCCGGUACUGCUGUUAAAAAAUCCAAGCUCUAAAUAAUGGCCUUACAUGAAAUGCAGGCCUUCGAGAUGCUCCUGCGCAAAAAUUUCUCACAGUCUAAUACAAUAAAUUCUGUAAAAAGAGAUUAUAACUACUAGAGGGAGCAAAGCUUUACUGUCUCCAUAUAUUCACGGACUGAAACAUGGGGUCUCGCUCUAGCAUAUUGUAUCCCAUUACUUUGACAUGUGUGUACCCGGGGCAAUAUGUGUCAAACUAAUGGGCCUACCAUAUGUAAGAGCGAGAUGAUAAAUUUUCAGUGUUAACAGCGACAUGCGACCUCUAGCAGUUAUAAUCUCUUUUAUUCUGUACUACAAUAUUUCGUCAAAUUUGAUAGUUAUGGGUUUUCGAUCAAAUUAUCCGGAACAUAUCAGGCAUGUUGUAUUCGUCCUUUUAUCUCCAAACACCGAGGAGUAAUCUGUGCUUACAGCCUUUAUACUACCUUAUUUUAUAAAAGCACUGUGCAGCGUAGUGGGUAUUAAUUGAAAUGGCUGAACUUUGAUUGGAUUUUUUAUACAGCUGUAUCUGGCACAUAAUUGAAAUUUUAAACCAUAAAUAUAUUUUAUUCUGUGCAUACCGUUACAAUGUCGAAUAUUCGCAGGAAUUGAGGUAUUUAAUAGAUACUUUUCCGUUAUGGGCAGUAUUAUUGUCAUUGCCAUUCAAAUUUGAUUGAUAUAUAUUGAUUAAAAAAAUGGCUGCUUUUCGCCAGAAUUCAGAUUUAAAUGAAACAUUGCGUGUCGGGUCAAUUGUUGCUUUCUGGCGGAAACUGGUCAAGAUUACAAAUCAAAUUUUGUCUGGUUUGAUUGGGUUGCUUUGUUUUUUAUCGUUUUGGUACACGGGUUCUGAAAUCGUAAAUUGAGUUUCAUUGUAUAAGUUUAUGAUAGCAAUGUAAGUACCUAAUAAAAAAAAUUUGUACCCAUCUA